AUGUCACGAUACACGCACGGCCUCUGCGCCUCCUGCGCCCGCCAGGCCCGGCGCGCUCUACUCACCUCGGACGCAUCAUUGUCGAUGAGGUCUUUCUCCAGCACAUGCCGCAAGGCACGGCUGCAACCCGCCUCGCAGCUCCCUCGACGCACGGUCGCAGCAGCAGCCCUCCCGGCCUUUGCCUCCCAGACACGCAGCCUCACCCAGAGCGCGCACCGUCGCCUCCCCGCGUCCACGAGCGCCCCCGCCGCCGACACCUCUGCCUCGACAACGUCCUCGGCGCAGGCCUCCAAGCUCUCGCAGAAGCCGCCGUCCUACUACGACCUCUUCCCGCAGACGCUGCCGCAGGGCCCGCCGCCCGCGGGGCCCUUCCACAUCGACGAGCGCGCGCUGCGCCGCGAGUUCCUGCGCCUGCAGGCCGCGGCGCACCCGGACCUGCAGCAGGGGUCGUCGUCGUCGUCGGGCGAGACCACGAGCACGCGCGAGGCGGGCGCCGCGUCGGCGCACAUCAACGAGGCGUUCCGGACGCUCAAGUCGCCGCUCCUGCGGGCGCAGUACCUGCUGCGCGAGCGGUUCGGCGUGGACCUCGCGGGCGACGAGGCGGGCGCCGUGGCGGGCCGGCACGCGGACCCGGAGCUGCUGGGCGCCGUGAUGGAGGCGCGCGAGACGAUCGAGGAGGCGCGCGCCGAGGAGGAGCUCGAGCCGCUGCGGCGCGAGAACGAGGAGCGCAUCCGGCUCGGCGAGGAGGCGCUGGGCCGGGCGUUCCGGGACGGCGACGCCGAGGCCGCGGCCCGGGAGGCGGUGCGGAUGCGGUACUGGGUCAACAUACGCGAGGGGAUCGACGCGUGGGAGGAGGGGCGGGAGCCUGUCCUUCAGCACUGA